AUGAACGAAAGCCCUUGGUUUGAACCAAUCAUUUGGAGCAAAAAUGUAAUAAUUUUCAUAGUAUUGGUGGCUUGGGGUGUGCGUGAAUCGUCGUUUACCAACAACAUAUUUACCACAUUAAAUCUGAUAACCGUUGGCAUCGUGAUCGUCACAGGGUUUUACAAAGCCAAUUACUCGAACUGGUCUAUUCCAAAAAGCGAAAUACCACUCGAUGCAAAAGGCGGCGAAGGCGGAUUCUUACCAUUUGGAUGGGUUGGCGUAGCAGCGGGAGCUACAAAAUGUUUCUACGCAUUCAUCGGUUUCGAAGUGAUCGCCAUGACUGGCGAAGAAACGAAAAAUCCCAAAAGAGACAUACCGCUUGCGAUCCUCGCGUCUCUGUUCCUGAGCACGAUCGCUUAUUGCGGCGUGGCCUCCGUUUUGACAUUCAUGUGGCCUUACUAUUUGCAGGAUGCAGAUGCACCACUUCCGACUCUCUAUGAAAAUUUGGAUAUGCCGACGAUAAAGAUUAUAGUCGCAGGUGGUGCGAUAUUUGCAUUGUGCACGAGUCUUUUGGGUACACUAUUUCCACUGCCUCGUAUCUUGUACGCGAUGGCAAGCGACGGUCUGAUUUUCAAGUUCUUGUCGAAUAUCAACACCACAACCAAGACCCCUCUGAUAUCCACGGUCAUUUGCGGACUUUUUGCUGGUACUUUGGCUGCCGUAUUCAAUCUCGAGCAGCUCAUCGAUAUGGCGUCCAUCGGCACACUACAGGCCUACACGAUCGUUUGCAUUUGCGUGCUGAUAUUGCGAUACGCCGACAACAGUCCGUCCAUCCAAGACGACACAACAAAGUCGAAAGGCAUCACGGUUUUCACAUGGUUGAAUUUGUCGAAUGCAAAAGUUCCGAACUCCGACACUCAGUACGUUUCAAGGGUGUUGAUAUUUAUAUUUAGUGUAUGUACGAUUGUGUAUGGAAUAAGCUUGGUGAACAUAGAAUCAUAUCAUGGAAACACGAAGAACGUACUCAUGAUAAUAAAUAUAAUAUCUAUUUUUGUGUUGUUGGUUACGUUAUUCAUGCUGAGCAGACUUCCGACAGCAGUGGAAGAUCUAGCGUUCAAGGUACCUUUGGUUCCCAUCAUACCAUGUUUGAGCAUUGUACUAAAUGUUUACCUGAUGAUGGAACUAGAGUACAAGACUUGGAUAAGUUUCACCGUGUGGGUCAUAUGUGGAUUAUUGAUAUAUUUUUUCUACGGAAUCGGUCACAGUUUGGAAGCCAAUAAGCAAAAAAUUAACAUAAACACAAAUCAAAUCAAACCGAAAGAUAGUACCAUCGUAUUGUCGUCUUCCCUGUUCGGAACUACCGCCACACGUCAGAAGCGUUCACCAAAAAUUAUUUGACCUACAUUCAGUUGUAAUGUUUAAAUCAAAAUUGCGUUGGUAAUUAUUAUUACUAUCGUCACAUACCAGUUACUGAAUAUAACAACUAAAAAAACUUAAAUUAUUUAAGAGGUGUUACAUAAAAUAUUCUUUAUGACACUAUAGGUAGACGACAACCGUGUUAAUUAAAUAUGUAAAAAUCUAACGAUUUUUGAACUAAUAAAUAAUUCCCAUUUUAAAAUCUGUAACUCAAAAGUUUGUAAAAUGCAUAUUUUUAUUAAAUAAUAGAUUAUAUUACAUAUUUUAUAGUAUUCGUCACACAAUGUUCUCAUACUUAUUUAUUUACUUAACACAUUUUAAUAUUAUUUAGUACAUAUUCAAAGUGAUUAGUAUAUAAAUACUAUUUUAACGAUAGUAUUACUGUAGCCUGUGUCUACUUUAAAACUAAAAAAAUACUUAUAUGAUAAAAUUUAAAUAAUUAAAUAUAUUGAAAAUAAAAAAUAGUUUAUAUUUACAAUAUAUCUCACAAUAACAACAUAAGUAUAUUGCAUAAUAUUAUUACACUACUUACUUUAAUAUUACUGCUAUCGAAAAUUACAAAUAAAAAAUAGACGGGUGGGAGAUACAAUAAUUAGGCAUUAUUAACAUUUGCGAAAUAAUGCCUAAAGGCAGGCCAUCACGUUUGACUGGUAUUUUUAAUAGCAGUACAAAAAAAAAUUUAACACAU